AUGGAUUCAUUUCCCAAAUACCUUGGCUCUGUGGACUCAAAGGCCAAUUCCAGGAAUGACGACAGUGCAGCUAAGUCACAGUUAACCUUCACUAUUCCUGAUGGGGCACAGAAAGUAAUCGUGGAACAUGUUGUUAAACAUGAUCUGAGCCAUACAGAUUAUCUUCCCUCAAAAUACGAAAUCCGGUCUUUCUCUGGCAAGCAUCCCAAGAGUGGUGAGGUGGAUUUCAGCACUUGGAGGCUUCAUGCAAAGCAACUCCUGAGAGACACAUCUCUAACUGAUAGUCAAAAGCGGAGACAAAUUCUCAACAGUUUACUGCCCCCUGCUUUAAAUGUAGCACUCAGCGCUGGUGACAAUGCCCCACCCAGGCUCUAUUUGCAUGAGUUGGAGAAAGCAUAUGGAAAUGUGACUGGAGGAGAAGAGCUCUACAUCCAGUUUGUUGAAACCCAUCAACAGGAUAAUGAAACAGCUUCUGACUACUUGCGCCGCCUCCAUACUUUCAUGCAGGAAGUGAUUGAAAAGAAAGGCAUGGCUGGCAGACACUCUGACACUCAACUGUUAAAGCAGUUCAUCCGUGGAUGUUGGGAUGAAGCUUUGAUAUCCCAGUUACGCCUGAAAGAGAUCCUGUCUGACCCUGCAAUGGAGAUCAUUGGGUGUUCGGACCUGUUGUUCAAAGUGAGGUCCUUUGAACAUGAGAGGAAGGUAAAGGAGAGCAGGAAAAGCCGGUGUUUGGGGCCCACACAAGUCAAAGCUCGCAGCCACAUCCAGCACAGUGUUGAUCCACCAGACGUAACCACUGAUGAAAAUGCCAACUUAAAGGAGAGAGUGAAACAGCUAGAAGAUGAAAUGGUACAAGCUAGGAUUAAGCAAAGUCCUCCUGUUAAGAAAAUAGUGUAUGGAAAACCUCAGCCUGCAGUUCAGGAAAGAACAAAAGAAAAGAGUUUCCAGAAUAAAAUUGAGCUGAGACUUAAGACACAAGCAAAAGAGGAUAAGCUGAGAGGUUUCUGUUACAACUGUGGCGAAGAUUCACAUUACCUAGCCAACUGUAACAACCCUUCCAAUGCUGAGUUGGUGCAACAAAAGCUACUACAAAGACACAAGCAGAGGUAUCCAGCACAGUUGGACAACUCUACCCCAACUGAACCUUUAAACAGGAAGUAG